CUAGGCGGUGAGCUACUCGGCUACAAUGCUUCAGUAAUAUUGUCUUGAGUACAUGCCAAUUGUGUUAUUUAGUGUCCGUAGUGCAUGACCUGGGACUCCCUUGAGCUCAUGCCUUCCUUCGGCCCCUCACCGGACCCGGAUGCUUCAUUCAUAUUUUCAAGGCGAUGUACUCACUGUCACAUCAGUCUGUUUUCCAAUGCACUGCACACGAGCUUUCCUCUGCCUCAAAUCACCCCAUGCCCAUGACUUGACAGGUUCAUGUUCAGGCGUCAUGGUUUGAAUGUAGUGCAUGAAGAGUCGGAAGAUGAUUAUAGCUUGUCACGGACGCUCACCGUGGAAACGUUGGAGAAUUGCAGUACCUGUGAGUCUUUUAUCUCCUUUUUAUUUCAGAGGUUGUUAUGCCUUGUUUUAGGACAUUUUGCGUUAGUGUUUCGAUUGUCUUCAGAAUUAUCACUCGACUCAAUCGUUUGAUGGCUGCUGUCAAAGAGCUUGGUCGCUUGAACCGUUGACCGUUCGCAUUCUGGAGAUUCAGGUUCGCAUACACAAGUGUACCGGCCUCUUUGAUUUGUCAUUUAUACACAAUAACCAUGAAGGCAAAACCAUACUCCACAAUAUUUAUGUAGUCCAUGUCUUCCAGGGCCGUUAGGUAUCCUAUACUACAAGAAAGAAAGAGAC